AUGGGGGUGUGGUGGGGACAUGUUGGGGACACACUGGGGACAGUGGGGACAUCUUGGAGACCCACACCCCCCCCACCCCGGCCCCCCACAGGGGCAGUGCCGGGGCGGGGGGCGACGGCGGUGCUGCUGGGGACGUCGGUGGCCUCGGUGGUGGCCUCGCUGUGGCUGGCGGGGGUGCUGGCCUUCGGCCUGCAGGACUUCUGCCUCGUCUGCAUCACCACCUACCUCCUCAACGGCUUCCUCCUCAAGAGCGCCCGCUACCUCCAGCAAGAGCUGCCGGUGCGCAUCGCCCACCGCAUCAAGGGCUUCCGCAGCCUCCCCUUCAUCAUCGGCUGCAACCCCACCAUCCUCCACGUGCACGAGCUGUACAUCCGUGCCUUCCAGAAGCUCAGCGAGUUCCCGCCUAUCCAGGCGCAGGGUGACGAGGCGCGGUACUGCGCGCUGUUGCGGCAGCUGCUGGAGGACCACAAGGACGUGGUGACGCUGUUGGCAGAGGGGCUGCGCGAGUGUCGACGACACAUCCAGGUACCAGACGCCGGGGUCCCCUCCCGGACACUGGGGUCCUUUGAGGGCCCUGGAGCCUAUAGGGGGGAAAUGGGGCUUUACAGGGGAGGCGCUGGGGUGGGGGGCUGUGUGGGGCCGGUGUAUGAGGCCAUAGGGAACCAUCUGGGGCGGCGCAGGGCGACGAUGGAGUCCCACCUCGACACCCCCUACAACGUCCCCGACAUCGUGGUGACCAUCGCCAACAACGACAUUGACCUCGUCAUCCGGAUCUCUGACCGGGGCGGUGGGAUCCCCCACGACCUCCUGGACAAGGUGACCGAGUACCACUUCAGCACGGCCGAGGCCAGCGCCCAGGACCCCCGCUUGGGGGGUCCCUUCCGCAACCUCCUGGACCUCAGCAACAGCGGCCAGGCCGGCCCCAUGCACGGGUGCGGGUUCGGGCUGCCCACCUCGCGGGCCUACGCCGAGUACCUGGGGGGCUCGCUCUGCCUGCAGUCGCUGCAGGGGGUGGGCACCGAUGUCUACCUGCGCCUGCGCCACAUCGACGGCAAGGGGGAGAGCUUCCGAAUCUAGGGGGCCCGGACGCCUGGGUUCCCCCUGUCCCACUGCCCCGGACGCCUGGGUCCCGGAGAGCCCCCCAUGUUGGAUGUUCAUCAUCAUGGAGGUCAAGGUGGACCUGGAGAGCCCCCUAUGUUGGACGUUGAUCAUCAUGGAGAUCAAGGUGCUCCUGGAGAACCUCCCCAUGUUGGACAUUGAUCAUCAUAGAGGUCAAGGUGGACCUGGAGAACCCCGCCAUGUUGGACAUUGAUCAUCA